AGCUCUGAAAACAGGUGUCGAUUUGCGGGUGACUCCGAUCCGCGUCUGGAAUUCGUAUUAUCAAGGGGAGUGGCCCAUGUUUCAUAUCCGUCUAGGUGGUCACACGUCAGCUGAGUCUGUCUCCUCUUUCAAUGGAUGAAUGAUUGAAUUUUUUUAUGGAGAUCUGCAUUGGAGUGGCGAGGAUUUCAGUGUUCUGUUUAGAGCUAAUAAAGGCUGAACUAGUGCUCCUCAGGGAGCUUCGUGCGAGGUGAAUUUUAAAGAAUUCCAGAAGAGUCUGCAUCUGGGUUCUGUGCUUGACUGUUUAAGAGAGAGCUCUUCCCAAUUUUCUUGGAUAUGCAAAGAUGGAGAAAAAACAAAAGAUCACUCAGUACAGGGAAAGGUUGGAUAAGACACUUGCAUUGCCUGAUCUGGCAAAUAAGGAGACACUUGAAACCUUAGUCAAGAAUCAACUCCUACGUUUUUCAGAAGAUGAAACUAACGGGUGCAAUCAGAAAGUAAUAGAAAAUAGGACUGCACAAGUAUCAUUUUUUCUUGACAUGUUGAGGAGUGCUUCAGUAGAUGAUAACAAGGGAUCGGAAGCCAGUGAGAGAUCACGUGCUGAAUGGAAGUUAAAACAAGACAACGAAGACUUUCGUGUUAUGUAUCGUGAAGGGCUCGAAGGCUCUCCCUUUCAUACUUUACUAGUGGAAGGCUACAUAGAUGGGCCUAUAGAUGUUUGUCUAUGCACCUCAUGGGAGUCAUCCCUCUACAAGAAAUGGUGGCCUCAGUUUAGUGUUCCGACUUUCAAAAUUAUCCGUGGCAAAUGUUUGCAAAAGGUGCGGAUUGGUGAACAGAUAUCUUUAGUGAGGUUGAAGGUUCCUUGGCCACUGUCAACAAGGGAGGCCAUUGUGCACUAUUUUAUGUUUGAGUACUUUCAAGAUGAUCUCAUUGUUGUCCUUCUAAACACGAUUUCUGAUGUGGAAAGCAUUGAUAUAUCUACUCAUGGUUUUGCCAAAGAGGUGAUCCCUGAGGCAAAUGGCGUUGUUAGGAUUGAUGUUGUAGGAGGCGUUGCUUUGCAGAAGGUGACCUCAGAAAGAAGUUACUUUCGGACAAUAGCAAAUAUGGACAUCAAGUUGGACUUUGUCCCUCCAUCCCUUAUAAACUUUAUCUCACGGCAGCUCAUUGGCAGUGGUUUCAGACUCUAUCAAAAGGUAGUGUCCUCUAUUUCUAAGACUGACAGAGAUUUUAUUGAUGCCUUGGGCGACCCACUGUAUACUAAAAUACGUGGAGCUCUUUAUUCCGCUAAUAUAUCAGAAAGGGCUGUGGAAGGAGAAAAGAUCAAGAAUGAUGUGUGUAUUUUCCCUGAAGAACAUCUUAUUGCGAAUAAGCAAGAGGAAUUGGUGGAUAUAUGUCAGGAGGUUCAUUGUGAUUACCAUGCAAGUGAAUCUGAGCCAAAAAAUGCAGUAGUUACAGACAGGAAAGCUUUUGGAGAGAUUGAAGAAGAGAGUGAAGAAAACAAGCACUUUGAGGAGGAUGGUAAGGACACAGAUCACAUUUCAACCAAGGAAUUCAAUGAAGGGUGUAAUGUAAAUGGCAAAAGAAGUAUAUCAAUCAGUUCUGAGGUGGAACAAGCUCUGGGAACAUUAGAAAAGGUCAUCUCAGUGCUUCGGGAAUAUGGGUUUAAUGCCCAAACUGGGUUCGCUUCUGGGUUAACCAGCAAAGAUGUGGAGGUUCUGACAAAGGACUCAAAUUUCAAUGAUGAGGUUAUUCUUGAAGUAUUGGAAAACGAAAUCAUUGAUGGGACUUCACAUGAAAGGCCUAGGAAUAACUCUAGCAAUCACAGCUUCAGGCAUGCACGAUCAAAUUCUCUCCCAAGGGAGGUAAACCAUAACAAAAUUCUACUAGCAUCAACGGAGCAGGUGCAGUAUCUUUCGGUUCCUAAUGAGGCUACGCAGGUUACUUUGAACGGGACAACAGAAGUACAGGCUUUGGACCAAAGUGCACAUGAUAUUAAGCAAAUAAGCGCAGAGGCAAAUAGCAUCCAGGAAAGUAGUCUAAACGGAGAAGAGAUAUCAAGCGGACAGAAAAAGCAUGGGCUAUGUUGUUUCAGGAUGUGAGGUUGAGUUAGCUGAAAAAGAAUCGGUAGAAAAUUUGAAAAACUCAAAAAGGUUUCAUUAUGGUCACACCACAACUCAAUCCUCACAGUUACAAAUGAGAGGUUUUGUACCAUGUUGGAGAUAACUUGUAUGAUAGUUUCCAAUUAGUUCUCUAUAGAUUUUUGAAGUCUAAAAUAGGAGCCGCUUGUUUCCAAAUCGUCUUCUAACCAAUAAGAGGCUUUCUUCACACACCAA